AUGGCGGCGCUGAUGAGGCAUGGCGGCCUCCUGAAGCGGCCCCCGUUUGGGGCCCUAGUGCACCGCUUCGCCACCAAGGCCGAGAAGAAGAAGGGCAUCGACAGGAAGCAGCCCCCGAAAAUAUACGCUGCGCAACAGUCUCUCGCCGCGAAAGGCUUCCUGAGGCCCUACGAGGCGUACACGCCACCGGAGGAUGCCAACGAGAGGCUGGACCACAUUUUUCGGGAGGUUAUGGGGGCCACGGACGGCGGCACCAGGAUCGGGAGCCUCGCGCAGAAAUUCGAUUUGUGCGCGGCCUGUGCCAAGGAAUUCAACAGAGCCAUUCCGAAUUCAGUUUUGCACUCGGUUCAAACUUUAAAUGAUGUUAGGAACUUCUACCAAACGACUGUUGACGACGUUACCCCCUUGGAUAAAAUGCGCAACAUGGAGUUGCCGGAAAAUUUGCAUGUUCAAUACGAAUAUUACCGAUUCCAUCCAGAUACUGAUAAGCUGUUCAAGGGGCAAACGGCCUUUAACCGGGAAUCGACACUAGUCACAGGCUUGAAGUAUAAAAAUAAAUAUAAAGGCCACACGGAACGGCAAGAGUGGCCCUUCACUUCGUAAAUGUAGUUUUUGUUGAAUAAAGAAUUUUAGAAAAAAA